GGUGGUGGGUGGCUGGGUUACAAUAAACAAGUUUUCAGAUGAGCCUUCCCAAUAUAAUGUCGAAAGGGAAUUCUGUUUCCAUUAAGCUCACUGUGAAAAGCGCCGUUGAAGUGUGGCCGCGUGGGAUACAAAGUAUUUCUGUUAGAAUAAAAAAUAAAUCAAUACAGAAUGUCAUUAAAGCUCUCCACGAGGCCUUCGUUCACCAACUGAAUUUCUAUCUCUCUCUCUCCAAAUCUCGUGGAUGCGAAACGAAGGAAACGAACAGAAGCACCAGCGCAAACACGAAGCUAAAGCUGCAACUCCUAUCCUCUCUUUAAUGCUGGAAACACCAGGCGCUGUUGCGGUUACGCUUUCGCUCAGGCCUUAACGUUUCUUCAAUUUCCUCUGUCUAUCCCUCUCAUUCGACAGAGCUAAGAGACAACACAAUCAGGAGAUCUCUCCUUGUUCCACUCCACUCGUUACUUUCAUGCUCCAACGUGAAAAUUUAUAGGGAGCUCUAAGGAUUGCUUUAUGGAUGCUGAGGCCUGAAAUUUUUUAGCAGCAAGUUAUAAGAAAUAAAUAAAAAAUGGCUCCAGCAAGCAAGGCUGAUAAGAAGGCUGCAGUAGAUGCAGCCGCAUGGAUGUUCAACGUCGUCACUUCAGUUGGGAUUAUCAUCGUCAAUAAAGCCUUAAUGGCUACAUAUGGCUUUAGUUUCGCUACAACAUUAACCGGUUUGCAUUUUGCCACCACAACCUUGAUGACGGUUGUUCUUAGGUGGCUGGGAUACAUUCAAGCUUCACACUUACCUUUAUCAGAGCUUCUGAAAUUUGUCCUCUUUGCUAACUUCUCUAUAGUGGGGAUGAAUGUCAGUCUAAUGUGGAACUCAGUCGGAUUCUAUCAGAUUGCAAAGCUAAGCAUGAUCCCUGUUUCCUGCUUUUUGGAAGUUGUUUUGGACAAGAUUCGAUAUUCAAGAGACACAAAGCUCAGCAUAUUAGUUGUUCUCCUUGGUGUUGCUGUCUGCACUGUCACUGAUGUGAGUGUAAACACCAGAGGUUUUAUUGCUGCGUUUAUUGCAGUCUGGAGCACUUCUAUGCAGCAGUAUUAUGUGCAUUUUCUACAACGGAAGUAUUCACUUGGUUCUUUCAAUCUAUUGGGGCACACCGCACCUGCCCAAGCUGCAUCUCUGCUGUUAUUAGGCCCCUUUUUGGAUUAUUGGUUGACAAACAAAAGAGUUGACAUGUUUGAUUAUAAUAUAGCAUCUGUGACAUUUAUAACCCUUUCAUGCACCAUCGCUGUGGGAACCAACCUCAGCCAGUUCAUCUGCAUUGGCAGGUUCACAGCUGUUUCAUUUCAAGUUCUUGGCCAUAUGAAGACGAUUCUUGUUUUGAUCCUUGGAUUCUUCUUCUUUGGAAAAGAGGGUCUGAAUGUACACGUAAUUGUUGGUAUGGUGGUGGCUGUUGUUGGAAUGAUUUGGUACGGGAAUGCAUCAUCUAAGCCUGGCGGAAAGGAGCGUCGAAGCCAUUCAAUUCCCUCCAGCAAACAGCAAAAACAUGGUAGUUUAUCCGAAUCCACUGAACUUGAUGGAAAGGUCUAAAGCAUUCUCGAACCACAAGUCUUGUGUACCAGGGUGUAGCUGAUUCCAGGAUAUUCUUAACCAUCCCAUCAGAGAUUAGAAACCCGCCCAUUCCUUCUAAUUAUGUCACUCAUUUCUGUUUUUUGUUUUUUUCCAAGAAAAGAAAGUUUUUGCUAUGAACUUCUCAAAGGGAAUGGGUGCUCUGGUUAGGUGUUAGAUUCCCAGAAAUUUUUCCUUGUUUUAUGAUGGUAAUUUAUAGCGGUUAAUUUUUGCCUUUAACAUUAUUCAUUUUUGUUUUUUAUUUGUGUCUCGACAAGAGUCUGCUGGUGCUUUUGACCAGGAGUUAAAUGAUUGACACUAUAGGGAUAUCUCCAUUCCUGAAUUAUUUUGGUUGUGGUUCCAUUUGGAAUGUGGAAGUAGUCUGAAAGAGUUUGUUUUUGUUUGGUUGUCAAGAAAUUAUAAUAAAAAAAUAGUUUUUUUCUUUAAA